CCCUUAUGGUCCACAAUACAGUGGUUUUCCGCAAGGCCCGCAUCACAAUUAUCCUCCGGGUGAAAGCUUGAAUAUGCCACAAUUACCACCAUUUUUAACAGAACUUAAAAAUUUAAAUAAUAACAACGUUGAAGCUCAAACAUAUGAUAACACAAAUAAUAAUGAAGUUUUAGCGGAUUUUGAAAAUCAAAAGUAUCAGAUCGUAACUGGCCAAAUUGAGCAUCAUCAACCACAAUCGAGACCAGCAAUUGGAUUUGCUUCAGAAACACAACCAUCAUUACCAACCAAUCCAAGUCCAUUUUCGACUUCAAUACCGCUACCGCCGCCAUCAGAGUCAUCCGAGGGAGCCUUUAAACAGACCGCUAUUAGUAGUUCAGAC